UUUAAAAAUUAAAAAUGGCAGCAAACAAAAGAAAAUCCCGCGUCUAGACUAACCUACUAGACAAUUAAAAAACUAGUAAAAUUAAGCAGUACAUUAUUUUAAUAUUUAAUUAAUUAAUUUAAAAUGAGCUCGCCGAGACUUAUGAGCCCUGAAGGUUCGCAGGGCUCGCUUUCGUCAAGACGAAGUAAUUAUGGAACACCAACUGCACGUAAACAAGCCCUGCGUAAUGUUUUAGAUAGAACACAAAAUUUACAAGCUCAUCCUGGUUCCGAAGCGGCUCUUGAAACUCUGGAGGAUGUGUUCCGCGAAGCUGAUAACAUUCAUGAUGACGUUCCAAUUGAAGAAAAAAUUAGUAAUCAGGAUGAAGUUGUGAUGGAUUCAGAAGUAAUGAGCAUGUCGUCAAAAGUUAUUAAAUCGUGUACUCAAGUAUUGACUAAGGAGUGUAAUACAUUUAGUAGCCUGGAUUUCGCGCGCAAAUUGAUGGGAUACGUGCAACAUUUACCAGACACGACAGUCAAUGAAUUGAACUGGUCGAUGCUGGAGAGAGAUAUUCCCCCGUUUAAAACAACAGCGAUUUACACGUGUCUGCUUAAUAAAAUAAAACGCGUUGGUAAGAAAAAAAAUAAACUCAACAAAAGCAACAACAGCGCGAACAACAGUUUGAAUGACAACGGAAGUAAGGAGGAAGCAAAAGGAGCCAAAACUCCAGUAAAAACUGAAAAACUAUUAAGCAGCCAGCAGCGUGAUAAUUAUAUUAAUAAUAUAAAUGGUAAAUUAAAUCGCACGAGAUUAAAUGAUCCCAAUGUCACUAAAGUACGGCCUGAUGAAGUUAUCGAAGUCGAAACUGAUGGUGAUAAUGAGAACAAAGCUGAGCUUGAUAAUUUACGUAGAUUAAUAAAAUCUGUUUACAAAGAAAAUGGUCAUAAGCCGAUAAAUUAUUUCAAACUUGCAUUAGAUCCCGGUGACUUUGGUAAAACUGUUGAGAAUAUGUUACAUCUUGCUUUCUUGGCCAAAGAUGCUUUUUUAAUUUUCAAAACAGACGAUGAUGGAAAUUUAGUUAUUCUACCAACACCCAGAGAAAUGCGGGAGAAUGCCAAAAAAAAUAAAGACAAAAAUCAUCAGCAAAAUGUCAUCAACUUAGACAUGGAAACGUGGCGGCUUCUAAAGGACACCUACCGCCUCACCAGUCCAAUGAUUAAUUUCUAAAUCAUAAAUUUAUUUAAUAUUUAAAGCCACUUGCAUUAAGAAAAAAAUUACCAAACCUUUGUUACUAAAAUCUUUCUAUCGUAAAAAAAUAUUUUUGUACUAAAAAGAAAAUAUUUUGAAAUAAAGUCAAAAUAAAUUUUUAA